AUGGCUGGGGCUGGAAGAGGGAAGUGUGGUGGUCUAACAAGACCGGUCUUGCUUGAAUUGGUGGUCGGAGUUGAGAGAAAUCCACUCUUGAAGUCGGUUGAUCGAGCUGCCCAGAAUGCAGAAAUUCUGGGGUCGAGUUGGUACAUCAGCUCACAGGUUUUUGACCAGUACAAGAAUUGGAAUAGCAAGUCUGCCCUAGCAUCUUGGUUGGACUACAUGCAGGAAGUGUAUUUCUUCAAAGAGAAGACAGACUGCACUAGUACUCCAGAAGACCUGCUGAGAUUUAUUCGAAAUUUAUUUCAUCACUUUUCACAAGUACAUUGUCGACCCACUAUUACGUUCGAUGAAGUUGAUUAUGAUAUUAGGUACUUCUUUGAAGGAUUUGUAGAUGUUAUACAUUGA